UCCUAAUAAAAAAAUAAACAUUUUAAUUAUAACAAUAUUAUAAUAAGUAAUGUUAUUGUACACAUGAUACUUACGAAGAACACCUGACUACUUAUAAAGAAAGCGAUAAAUCAUAAUUACUUAUAUUUUACCGUAUGAACAUAUUGUAAACAAUGCUGAUGUCAAUAAAACUACGUAACUUUCCUCCCGUACAGCAGUUUGCUGCGCGGUUCUGAAACGAGUACGAUUGACUUAUGUUUAUUGUGAGAGAAAUUGUGAAAGACAGGACAUAAAAUGGUGAUCAUACCGCUCCUAAUUGUAUUGUCUUGUAUAUAUUAUGUUUAUUUUCGACGGAUGAGAAAGCCGUUGUAUGCAUUGUCUGAGAGCCUGCCUGAUACGGGAUGUCUUCCGAUACUUGGGCACACACACUGGUUUAUUGGAGGACCGGAAAAGAUUUUAAGUAACAUACUGGAGCUAGCUCAAUUGGUCGAUGAUUCUGGCGGUAUUGGUAAAAUUUGGAUCGGCCCUUCAUUAUACAUCGUGAGUUUCAAUCCAGAAGAUGUCCAAAAAAUUCUAGAGGGCUCCCUUCAAAAGGAUUCUUCGUAUAGAUUUCUUCAGGAUUGGUUGGGAAAUGGUCUCUUUGUGGCUCCAGUUGAUUUAUGGAAAAUACAUCGCAAAGUUCUUCUGUCUGUGUUUCACAAUAGAAUUAUUGAAGAUUACGUGGGUGUUUUCGGGGAACAAGGAAAAGUCUUGGUUGGACGACUAGAAGACCAAGUAGGCAAAAAGGAGUUUGACGUGUUCAGAUACAUAACUUCGUGUAUGCUGGAUAUCGUAUUUGAAACUGCUAUGGGGGAGAAAAUGAAUGUUCAGUAUAAUCCUGACACUCCAUACUUGCGGGCUCGUAACACUGUCAUAUCUAUAAUUGGAAUGAGGCUUUUUAAAGCCUGGAUGCAACCAAACGCCUUAUUUAAUCUAACAUCUUAUUCCAAAACUCAGAAAGAAAACAUCGAGGCUACACACAAGUUCACAGAUGAGGUAGUAAAGAAAAAGCGAACCUUAUUCGAGGCCAGAGAAAAAAUUGUAACACAAGGUCGAAGAGAUCUGCUAGAAUUGUUGCUUGAUAGAGACACGAAGUUUACGGACGAGGAACUCAGAGAGCAUAUAGACUCUAUUACUAUCGCGGGCAAUGAUACCACAGCUCUAGUUAUAUGUUACGCACUAUUGUUAUUGGGACAACAUUCUGAAGCACAGGAUAAAGUUUACAAUGAAUUACGAGAUAUAUUUGGUGAUUCAUUGAGAUCGCCAACUAAAGAAGAUUUAAAUAAAAUGGAAUAUUUGGAAAGGGUGAUAAAAGAGACAAUGAGGCUGUACACUGUUGUUCCAAUCAUCGGCAGAGAAACUCAAAAGGAGAUAAAACUCUCGAAAUGCACAGUUCCUGCGGGUGUGGGUUGUGCUGUGUUACUGUUCGUGAUGCACAGAUCGAAACGUAUUUGGGGCUCGGAUGCUGACACGUUCAACCCUGACAGAUUCCUCCCAGAGAACAGCGCAAAGCGUCAUCCCUGCUCAUACAUACCGUUCAGUUACGGCAAUAGAAAUUGCAUAGGGCGUCAUUUUGGGAUGCUGGCCAUGAAGAGCAUCCUUGCAAAUAUUAUAAGAAGUUACAAAAUAACGUCAAAGCGUUGCGAACGUCUGAAAAUAGAAAUAUUAUUAUAUCCGGUACCUGGCCACCUGAUAUCUAUAGAGAAACGUUAAUUAAUUAAAUACAUUUUAGUCUAAAUAAAACAAGGGAAGGAAGGCUGAAAAGGAGGCAAACGCUUUAAUCAAAAUUGUUUACGACUUAUAAAAAUACAACCAGAUUUUUAAAUCAAAUAAAUGUGAUUUAUGGAGGUGUACAAU